AAGUGGUGCUUUAUCCAGUCUUUCCCUCCCUGGGUAAGAGGAAACCCUAAACUGCUCUGGCCCUUUUCCUUGUGCUCUUUCUUCCCUCUCUUUUCUCUCACUACCCGUGAGUGCACUCAGGAAGAGAAUGGCAGCAUCAUCUGGACAGAGAAAAAACAGGCCGUCCCAAAUGUUGGCUUUAGCUCUGCUUCUCAUCACCCAGCUUUUGAGCGCAGGAGUGAUGGCACAGGAAAAUGUAAGAGGAGAUGGAGUCCUGAAGACGACUGGAGCCCCUGCAACUACAGAGCCAUCUGGUCAAGUGCUUAUUUAUCCCACCAUGGAGGAAAAUGAAAUUUCUACAAAGACACCUGAAAGUCAUGUCAGCACCUAUCUUCAUACAAUCCAGCCCAAUCCUUUAGAGGAAACAACAAAUGAAACAUUUCAGACAAAACUGCCUGUUCAACACCCAGAUACUCCAGCACCCAGUACUACCAGAGGUGACAACCUACUAGAGCCUCGGGACGUGACGUGUGGGAGUAAAGAGACCGUGGAGGGAAAAAACGCUGUUCUCUUGAAACUCAAGAGAUCCAGCAACUGUGAAGACACACGGCAGGUCAUUAUAGAUCAUCUUCCACAACUGUGUCAUGUAGACUGUAAGAUGGAGCUUUAUCAAGAAGACAACACAGAUAGCGUCCUGGUGUCUGGAAAGUAUGUGGAAGAUGAUGUGACAGAAAUGGUGGACAAAUUCAACAGCCUCAUCGGAAAAGAUAAUACUGAUAUCCAGUCAGCCACUCCUCGCUGGGGGAAGAACUCAAAGACGGUGCUGGUUUCCUUGCUGCUUGUUGGCUUGUUGCUGGCUGCACUGCUGGUCGGAUUGUAUUACUUCAAGACACAUCGCAAGAACUCCAAAGGUGUCAGAUUGGCUGAGUCUUUCCAGGUGGAUGAGGAAAACCAGGCCAACACUCUGGUAUCUGUGGCCCCGCUGCCUCAGGAGCCCGCUGACAAACCCACCGCCAAUGGAGAGUCUCCCCCUGAAAAUGGGGCGAACAGCACCCCAACCACUAAUGGACACUCUGCUGCCCAGACUCCAGUGGCUGAUACCGAGAUGUGAAUCACCCUCCCAUCUGCAGUAUCUCAAUGUGCCAGUCACCUACUAACCUCUCCGUUAAUCUGAGACAAAUUCAGCUUGAAUUAAUCACAAACAUCCGUAUCUCCUCCUGCUCUUCUACUAAAAUAAUAAGACUCCAUAUGAAGAAGCAAAUGUUGAUCAAAUGAUGUCAAUGCCUGUAAUGUGAAAAGUUUGGGAACACUCGCCUUUGCUGAUGUCAAAACCUGCCUACACUGACAGAGAGGCUGGUUAAUAGAGACCUGCUCUAACUUCAGUGUUUGCAGAAUUAUGAAGUCCUGACAAUAACGUAUUGCCGAUCUCUAAAAAAGAAGCAAAAAAA